AUCUCAGAGAGAAAUCCAGGGUAACUUCUACAUGAUGGAGCUUCAGCACUCCAGCAGUGGAGGAGGAACCUCUGAUCCACCGUUAAAGCAUGCAAGAUCUCCAGAACCCAGCUGUGUGUCUGUGAAGACUGACUGGUCCAUGCCUGAGCCUCCUGCAUUCAGCAGAGGAGGAGAACCCAGCUGUGUGUCUAUGAAGUCUGACUGGUCCAUACCUGAGCCUCCUGCAUUCAGCAAAGAAGGAGGAGAACCCAGCUGUGUGUCUAUGAAGACUGACUGGUCCAUGCCUGAGCCUCCUGCAUUCAGGAGAGGAGGAGGAGAACCCAGCUGUGUGUCUGUGAAGACUGACUGGUCCAUGCCUGAGCCUCCUGCAUUCAGCAAAGAAGGAGGAGAACCCAGCUGUGUGUCUGUGAAGACUGGCUGGUCCAUGCCUGAGCCUCCUGCAUUCAGGAGAGGAGGAGGAGAACCCAGCUGUGUGUCUGUGAAGACUGACUGGUCCAUGCCUGAGCCUCCUGCAUUCAGGAGAGGAGGAGGAGGAGAACCCAGCUGUGUGUCUAUGAAGACUGAUUGGUCCAUGCCUGAGCCUUCUGCAUUCAGGAGAGGACCUGUUCCCUCUGACCCAGAGCUGAGCUCCACAGGACCUGCACUGCAGAUAAACCUUUUGUUGGAGGAAACUGGAGACCUGAAUCAGGAUUCUUACCAACCAGUGGAUGAGGUUCUACACAGAGUCUUACAGAGACACAAAACCAGCAUGAAGAACAAGUACGAGAGCUUAUUUGAGGGAAUCAGAACAGGAGAGAAUAAAACCCUCCUGAAAAGGGUUUACACUCAGCUCUACAUCAUAGAGGGAGAGAGAGAAGGAGUGAAUGAAGAACAUGAGGUUCUACAGAUGGAGAAAACACCCGGGAGACGUUCCCAAGACUCUCCAAUCGACUGCUCAGACAUCUUUCAACCUCUACAAGGUCCUGAAGGAGAAACACGAGAAGAGAACAUUAGAGCUGUGGAGGCUGACAGUCUCAGACACAGAGAAAGAGAAGAUCACAGACCAGAAGAGCAGAAGCUCAGAACAGUUCUGACUAAAGGCAUCGCCGGAAUUGGAAAAACUGUCUCAGUGCAGAAGUUCAUUCUGGACUGGGCUGAAGGAAAAGCCAAUCAGGAUGUAGAGCUCAUGAUUGUGCUUCCAUUCCGGGAGCUGAACCUGAUUAAAGAUGAUCGAUACAGUCUUCAUGGACUUCUGUGUGCCUUCCAUCCUGAGCUCAAAGAUCUGGACCCAGAGAUUUAUGAUCAGAUCAAAGCUGUGUUUAUAUUUGAUGGUCUGGAUGAAAGCAGAAUUCGACUGGACUUUGAAGAGUGUGAGAAAGUAUUUGACAUCACCAUGACAUCAUCAGUGGGUGUGUUGAUGACCAACCUCAUCAAAGGAGAGCUACUUUCCUCUGCUGUGAUCUGGAUCACCUCCCGACCAGCAGCAGUCAAUCAGAUCCCUCCUAAAUACAUCAACCGUCUCACAGAGAUUCAGGGAUUCAGUGACCCACAGAAGGAAGAGUACUUUAGGAAGAGGAUCACUGAUGAAGACCAAGCCAAGAGAAUCAUCUCCCACAUUAAGGCAGCAAGGAGCCUCCACAUCAUGUGCCACAUUCCAGUCUUCUGCUGGAUCUCAGCCACUGUUCUUCAGCAGAUCAUCAAACAGCAUCGUACAGAAAUUCCUAAAACUCUGACUGAAAUGUACUCGCACUUCCUGCUCACUCAGACCAACAUGAAGAACGAGAAGUAUGAGGCGAAAGAUGAGAGAGACCCAAAGAACCUGCUGGAGUCCAAUAGAACCAUUCUUCUGAAACUGGCUGAACUGGCUUUCAAACAGCUGAUGAAGGGCAAUGUGAUGUUCUAUGAAGAGGACCUGAGAGAGAGCAGCAUUGAUGUCACUGAGGCCUCAGUGUGUUCUGGCAUUUUCACUGAGAUCUUUAGGGAGGAAUGUGUGCUUUACCAGAGGAAGGUCUACUGCUUUGUUCAUCUGAGCUUUCAGGAGUUCCUGGCUGCUGUUUAUGUGUUUCUCUGUUAUGAGAACAAGAAGAUAGAACCACUGCAGAUACUCAACCCAUCAAACAGAAGGUGGUCUAAGAAUGAUUCACUGAAUGAGUUGUUAAUUGGAGCAUUGAUUAAAGCAGUAAGGAGUCAGAAUGGACACCUGGAUCUUUUUCUCCGUUUCCUUCUGGGCAUCUCAUUGGAGUCCAAUCAGAGACGCUUACAGGGUCUACUGACCGCAACACAGUGCAGCUCAGAGGAAAUCAUAGAGUGCAUCAAGAGCGUAAUCAAAAAAGAUGUUGAUGAACAGUAUCGCAUCUCCACUGAGAGAUCCAUCAAUCUGUUCCUCUGUCUGUUUGAGAUGAAUGAUCAGUCAGUAUCCAGAGAGCUUCAGGAGUAUCUAACCUCAGAGAAACGCUCAGAGAAGAAACUCUCUCCUGGACAGUGUUCAGCACUAGCCUAUAUGCUCUUGAGCUCAGGGGAGGUUCUGGAUGAGCUGGACCUGAAGAAGUACAAUACAUCACAGGAGGGUUAUAGGAGACUGAUCCCAGUUCUGACUGUCUGCAGGAAAGCUCGAGCGGCUGCUCUCUACAGGAGGCGCAGACGCCGGCGGACGCGUAGAUGCGGGAGGCGCGCUGGAGUGCUGGUUAAACUUCAGCAGUGUGGGCUUCGCACUCCGCUCCCCAGCAUUCACAUGGCGAAUGUUCACUCCUUGGGGAAUAAAUUGGAUGAGCUUUCCCUUCUAAACAGGACCAACAAGGACUUUUCUCUCUCUGCUGCGCUGUGCUUCACUGAGUCGACCCUGGAGCGCGCUCUAGCUCCACGGCUUUAACCUCUACAGAGCGGACCGCUCCACGGAGCUCUCGGGCAAGAAGAAAGGCAGUGGAAUCUGCUUUUACAUCAACCAAGGCUGGUGUACAGAUGUCACACUGUUAAAGAAAACAUGCAGCUCUAACCUGGAAACACUUUUUAUAAACUGUAAACCAUUUUACACUCCGAUGGAGUUUAUGUCUAUCGUACUCACAGGAGUCUAUAUUCCACCCCAGGCAGGCAGGAGGCUCUGCACACUCUCGCGGACCAGAUCACCAGCAUGGAGCUCAAACACACAGACUCUGUUUUCAUCAUUUUAGGGGACUUCAACAGAGCACAAUUUACCAGCGAACUGCCUAAAUACAGACUGCAUGUUGCCUGCCCCACCAGGGAGAGCAACAUUUUAGACCACUGCUACACUGUGUUAAGAGGCCUAUCACCUUGUCCCCGUGCUUCUCUGGGCCUCUCUGAUCACUCACUAAUCCACCUCCUUCCAACCAAUAGGCAGAAGCUCAAGUGUGCCAAACCUGUAGUCAGCUCUGUGAAGAGGUGGACCAUCGAGGCUAAAGAAAGACUUCAGGACUGCGUGGAAUUAACAGAUUGGAGUGUGUUUGAGGAGCUACAGGAAGUCUGGAUGAAUAUACGGAUACUGUGACAUCCUACAUCAGCUUUUGUGAAGACAUCUGUGUUCCCACCAGGACUUGCAUAAAAUAUAACAACGGCAAACCCUGGACAU